AUGGACCAGCAAAAGGCGUUUGGGAGGAUCACGAAGCGCGUUCACAUCGAAAAGGCAGUCCUCACCUACCGCCUCGCCGCACGAGAGCUCGGCGUGUCUGUCAAAGAUGCAAAGGCACUUCUCGCCGCGUACCACGCCUCCGACGCGGCCAAAGAGCGCGAGAUCAAGGCUGUGUACCUCUUGAGCGGCUACCUGAAGAAGGAGGAGACGGACGGAGCUGCGAAGGGGCAGGACGGUGAGGACAAGAUGGACGUUGACGGCGAAGACGGCACGCAGGCGACGCAGCAGACGCAGGCGGAUGGAACAGAGAGCGUCAGGGUCAAGACUAUGGCUUUAGUGCAGGAGGACGAGCUCGAAGCCACGCGCUCCCUCUUCACCGAUGACCCAGCUCCUUCGUCACACAUCUACGCCCUCUCCCCCGCCCACCUGACCUCCCUCUCGCUCCUCUCGACAACCUCUCUCUCGCUCAUCCCGCCCUCGGUUCGCGAGACCAAGUGGAAAGCCUCGCCCGACGACAUCCCCGCAUACGGCGGUAUCGUCCAUCCCGAUGGCGAGCGCAAGCGCAAGCCUGGACAGGGCGCGAGGAAGAGCGCUGCGAUGCCUGCUGCGCCGAAGGCGGGUCCGUCGAAGGACAAGGCGGCGGUCAAGAAGGAGGCUGAGCCGCCUGCGAAACCUGCGAAGGGGAAGGGCAAGGCGAAGGAGGAGCCGGCGAAGGGGAAGAAGAAGGAUGAGCCGAAGGCUCGACCGAUCGGACAGCUUGGAGGACUCUUUGCGCGCAAGUUCGAAGACAAGAAGGGCAAGAAGAAGGCUAAUUCGUCGGAUGAGGAGGACGACGAUGAGUCUGCCGAGGAGGAAUCGGAAGAGGACGUCAAGCCCAAAAAGAAGGGUUCGGUCGUCCCCGCCAAGCGCAAGUCGACUUCGCCCGCCGUCUCGCGCAAGAAGCCCGAUCCGCCUGCUGCGAAGUCCAAGGCGGUCAAGCAGGAGGCUGACAUCGUCAUGGACGACGACGACGAUGACUGGGCCAUGGACGAGGAGGCGCUGCUCGAGGCAGAACGUGCAGCCGAGAAGCAGGCUGCUUCGAAGAAGACGGACGCUGCGACGAACGGCGGGGGUGGGAAGAAGGCGCCGGCUCUCUCGCGCACCUCGUCGUCCUCUUCGUCGACUCCGCAGUCAAAGGUAGGCGGCACCAAUGCCAAGAACAAGAGCGCAGCGCCGGCGCAGCAGAAAGGCAUCGGCUCGUUCUUCAAGAAGAAUUGA